GUUGUCAGGUGGCGGCGCCGCAGCCAUGGAGGGAGGCGGCGGCGGCGGCGGCGGCGGCAGCGGCGGCUCGGGCGGCUGCGCUGGGAGGCGGCGGUGAGCGGCUCCCAGGCCCCCCCCGGCCCGGCCCCGGCCCCCCGGGACGGAGCGCCGAGCAGCCCCGGCUCCGGGCUACGGACUAUGGGCGAGCAGCGCUGAGCGGCGGGGGAAGAGCUGAGGAUGAAGCGGAGAGCAUCCGACAGAGGAGCUGGGGAGACGUCGGCCAGGGCGAAAGCUCUAGGAAGUGGAAUUUCCGGAAAUAAUGCAAAGAGAGCUGGACCAUUCAUCCUGGGUCCCCGUCUGGGCAACUCUCCGGUGCCCAGCAUUGUGCAGUGUUUGGCAAGGAAAGAUGGCACAGAUGACUUUUAUCAGCUGAAGAUCCUGACCCUUGAGGAGAGGGGAGACCAGGGGAUUGAAAGCCAAGAGGAGCGGCAAGGCAAGAUGCUGCUGCACACCGAGUUCUCCCUGCUCUCCCUCCUGCACACGCAGGACGGUGUGGUCCACCACCACGGACUCUUCCAGGACCGCACUUGUGAAAUUGUGGAGGACGCUGAGUCCGGCCGGAUGGUUAAGAAGAUGAAGAAGCGCAUCUGCCUGGUUCUCGACUGCCUGUGUGCCCACGACUUCAGUGACAAGACAGCCGAUCUGAUCAACCUGCAGCACUACGUCAUCAAGGAGAAGCGGCUCAGCGAGCGGGAGACGGUGGUCAUCUUCUACGACGUGGUGCGCGUGGUGGAGGCCCUGCACCAGAAAAACAUCGUGCACCGAGACCUGAAGCUCGGGAACAUGGUGCUCAACAAGAGGACACACCGGAUCACCAUCACCAACUUCUGCCUGGGGAAGCACCUGGUAAGCGAGGGGGACCUGCUGAAGGACCAGAGGGGGAGCCCCGCCUACAUCAGCCCCGACGUGCUCAGCGGCCGGCCAUACCGAGGCAAGCCGAGUGACAUGUGGGCCCUGGGCGUGGUGCUCUUCACCAUGCUUUACGGCCAGUUCCCCUUCUACGACAGCAUCCCGCAGGAGCUCUUCCGCAAGAUCAAGGCGGCCGAGUACACCAUCCCCGAGGACGGGCGGGUUUCGGAGAACACCGUGUGUCUCAUCCGCAAACUGCUGGUCCUCGACCCCCAGCAGCGGCUCGCCGCCACCGACGUCCUGGAGGCCCUCAGUGCCAUCAUCGCCUCGUGGCAGUCCCUGUCGUCCCUGAGCGGGCCUCUGCAAGUGGUGCCUGACAUCGACGACCAGCUGAGCGGCGCAGACAGCGCGCAGGAGGCGAAGGUCACGGAGGAGUGUUCCCAGUACGAGUUCGAGAACUACAUGCGGCAGCAGCUGCUGCUGGCCGAGGAGAAGAGCUCGGUCCACGAGGCCCGGAGCUGGGUGCCCAAGCGGCAGUUUGGCAGCGUGCCCCCCGUGCGACGGCUGGGCCACGACGCGCAGCCCAUGAACCCUUUGGACGCAGCCAUACUGGCACAGCGCUACCUGCGGAAAUAGCGGCCUCGGGCAGGGACCCGCACGCCCACACCCCGCUGACUGUGGGCACCAGUGUGAGUGCCCAGCGCCCCCGGCUGCAGCCGGCCCAGGCAGGGACAGCCCAGGGCACACAUGGCUCAGCAGAGGUACCACCAAGCUACCUUUUGGAACGAUUGCUUGAUUGUUUGGUUUUUUUAAUCUGAGAAGCCUAGAAAACUAAUCUGCUUUUAAUCAUGACGUUUUAAUCUACCUCUGUCUCCCUAACCAUGCUGUCUCUGGACUGAGGGAGAGGGGGCAGGAGCUCGCCCACCCACCCAGCUCCACCUCCCCCCGCCCCCGGCACUGCCCCUGGACGUGCUGGCUGCCGGCUCGCCCCACAGACGCCCACCGGGGCUCACCCUGGCCCCUCCCACAGUCUGUUUUGGUCCCCAGGUCCCUUGGUCCACGCUUUGGAAACCUUCACCUCAUCUUAAGUGGAAUUCAGAUAUAUUUAUUUUUGUAUUGAAACCAACUUCUUUCCCAUCUCCAGGUUGCUCGGCCAUGGCCACUCCCCCCCGCCUCUCCCUCCCCACCCACGAUGGCCUCUCCUCACCCCAGGCUCAUAGAAGCCCCUUCUUGCCGGCCCCCUGCCCAGACCCAGGUCCCCAUCUACCCCCCUGGUGGUGGCCGGUUCUCUCUCCCUCUCAGCAGUCCUCUGCAGGCUGUGCGGGCGCCCGGAACGCCCCUCCCCCUCCCCCACGGCCUCAAAAUAGGUGUUUCUCUCCUGGGGACCCCCAACAGGGUCCUUCAUGAGAUGGGGGCACAGGGGAGAACUGGGGGGGCCACGCCUGGUUUGAGAACAGCCCCGCUGCCCUUUUUUGAGCCGAGAUUUUUGAAGUGGAUGCCCGUCUUGCCAGAAAGGCUGUUCUCACCAGGACCCUCUCACAACACACACUCUCCCCGCCCCGGGGCCACACGCCCCCUCUAGGCGGCCCUUCCCAGCUGUCCCUGCUCCCCAGUGUGGGGGGGCAGCAGGGCCCCCAUGCCCUGUCAGGGUGAGCUGCCUCCUCCCCAAAAGCUGACUCACUGUGAGCGACUUGGGCAAGUUCCCAAACCUCCUUGUGCCUCAGUUUCCCCAUUUGGAAAAAAUGGGGCCACCUCUUGCCAGCAGUAGCAGGGCCGCCCACGCCCCCCCAUCCCAUACCCCCACCCCCCAGCAUGUGGGCGCCUCAUGCCUCUGCCUCAGUGGGUCUGUGGGAGCCCGCUGGCCCCCAGCACUUCUCCCCCACCCUGAAUCCCCAGCUCGGCCCCGCCAGCCGCCGAGAGCCAGGGCCCUGUGCUGGGGGCUGGGGCUGCCUCUUUUCUAUAUUUAUUUCAAAAAAGGAGCGCGCUUAGCCUCCCGGCCUCUGACCGACCCAGAGGCCCCUGCCAGGCCAAGCCCCGGCGCCCACAGCCUGCCCAGACCCGGGGCCAGCUUACCCCGGGGGGUCACUUUCCUCCUUCUCAAAGCAAUACCCUCCAGCCUGCAGAGGCCUGUCGGACCCUCCCUUCCCAGGUCAGCUCAUGUGUCUGAAUCACGUUUCCGCAGAGCGAAGGAGAGGAGGUGGGGGCUGCCCCCCGCCCCCCACAUCACACGCUGAGAGAUGUCCUAUUGUAAAGAAAACAAAACGGAAAAAGUCACAAAAAGUUUGUAUAAAGACAUAUUUUUGUACUACAUGGGGACUCUUCCUGCAUGUCAGCAAUAAAACUUCCUGCUCUGGA